CCCAAUUCGAUAUCAAUCCUUCCAUGCAUGCUGGUCAUAUCGACCAUUUUGCAAUCGAAUUAACACCCUAGCCGGUCGAUCCAUCGAGCUCCGACAUCAGCAGGUACCUAAAAGUCUCGUCUUGACAUGGAGCAGCAACCCCAAGCCUCCUCCAGCGCGACGACCACGUCGCCGUCGUCGUCGUCGCAGCGCCGGGAGCUGCAGGGCCCGCGCCCGGCGCCGCUCAGGCUCCACAAGGACUCCCACAAGAUCAAGAAGCCGGGACCGCCGCAGCCGCAGCAUGUGGGACCCGUCCAGCAGGUGCGCCAGCCGGUCAUCGUCUACACGGUGUCGCCCAAGGUCGUGCACGCGAAACCCAGCGAGUUCAUGUCUGUCGUGCAGCGCCUCACGGGCGCGCGCGGCCACGGCGCCACCGCAACGUCGUCGUCGUCGUCCUCCCUGCCGGCGCCGCCGCCACCAGACCUGAGGACAGCGGAGCCACAUCAUCAGGUUCAGAUGACGACGUCCUCUUCGGCCCCGUUCCCGUUCCCGUUCUUGGGCGGGCAACACGUGCAUGCGUCGUCGUCCGGGCAGCUACUCGCGCCGGUGGCGCCGCACUUCCCGUUCCAGCAGCAGCAGCAGCAAGCACCCCGCGGCGGGACAGCAUCGCAGUCGCAGCACGAUGACCUGAUGAUCCACCAACUCUCACCCGCGGCACGCUUCGCCGCCAUUGAGCAGGCGGCGGCGUCUGCGCGGAGUUCAUCAGGCGUCACUGCCACGGCUAAUGUCGUUGGAGGAGGCCUGCUGGCGCCGUUCCCGAGCAUCCUGUCGCCAGGGUCACUCCCGCCGAGAUUCUUCUCACCUCCGGCUCCGGGCGGUAACUCGUACUGGCCGGGCAUCAGUCUCUUGGGCGGGCUCAUCAGCCCGGCAUUUCUUGGCCUCGGUAGCGAAACCAUCGUCGGUGGUGGUAGCACGAGCGUCGCCAGUGCAACCCAUCAAAGUGUGAUGUCGUCGUCGCCGUUUCAACAAGAAGAAGAAGCGUCGCCGUCGACGGUGACGGUGGCUCCAUCUCCAUCUGCCGGUGCGUACUAUUGGGAUCUCUUCAACAACCAGCAGCACUAGCAGCUAGCUAGCUGCCAUGCAUGCACACAGGAAUACCAUCAAUGAAUGCAAGGAAAAUGACAAGUUGCUG